GACGGUUCCCAAUUACGAGAUCUCAAACUUCUCGAGCGUGAUUCAAUGGCUUCCCAUUGCGAGUUCUCAGAGUUCUAGAGCGUGAUUAGAAUUCUACGUGAUUGGUCGUGCUUCUUCGCUCUGGAUAUCAUAUCGUGGAUCACUUCUCUAUCUAGCCGGGGAUGGUCGCGAAUAACUUCCAGACAGAGUAUCGACCGUCCCAGAGCUUUCGAGGCUCCGGAGCAAUCCGCGAGUCUGGUAUCCAUACACGUUUAUCUCCUGCUAACACAUCUAGACUUCUGAUGCGCUGCGGCGUUAUCUCUGUUAUCAUCGGAAAACUCCAGUUGCACGUGGCGAGCACCUAGUACGAGCAGGCAUUGACGGGCAACAAUAGUGGGCUUAGCCGAUCUGUGCGAACUCUGAUAAGAGAGAUAGAUAUAUACACACAUCCUGGACACUGAUCUGACCCAAUCUAGAUUCUUGUUCUCGUCGCCAAUUGUGAGAACUCGUUCAAGAUGUCGAAGGAAUUCGAAGCUGGAGGCUCGACAUCGUCGGGAAAGGACGUCUCCAUCGAGAAAAAUGUGCCAAUUGAGACGACGGAACAGACCGAUGUUCAGAAUGGCAUUAUUCUUGAAGAUGGGUUGCGGAGAGGUCUGUUGGGUCGACAUGUUACGUUGAUCUCAUUGGCAAGUGUCAUCGGUGCGAGUUGUUUCUAUGGAUUUGGUUAUGCGCUUUAUCUCUCUGGUCCGCUGGGAGCAUUGAUUGGCUUCGGAAUUAUUGGCUUCAUGGUUUGGGCAUUGAUGCAGAGUAUUGGUGAAGUCACAACGGCUUUCCCAAUUGCGGGCGGCUUUAUCGAGCAAGCAAAUCGAUUUGUCGACCCCGCAUUCUCCUUCUCAAUGGCUUGGAUGUACUACUUUAUGUGGAGUGUCUUCCUGGGAAGUGAAUGGAAUGGCGCAAUUCUCAUCCUUCAAUACUGGGUCCCCGACGAGAAGAUGCCUAUGUGGGCGUGGGUUCUCAUCUUCUGGGGCUUCUUCUCAGUGCUAUCAACGCUUGGCAUAGUGGUCUAUGGUGAGCUGGAAUACUAUCUUGGGUGGUUCAAGAUUAUCUCGCUUGCUGUCUGCUUCUUCAUCUCCUUCUUGGUUAAUGUUGGAGCUUUUGGAAAUGGAUAUAUCGGGUUCCGUUAUUGGACGCCGCCGGAAGGUCCUGUUGUGAAUGGUAUCAACGGAUUCGGUCAAGUCUUCGUUCUCGCUUCAGCAUACUACGUUGGAACGGAGAUUAUUUCCCUCGCGGCAGGAGAGACGAAAGAUCCAAGGAAAUCUAUUCCAAGAGGUGUCAACACCGUCGUUUACCGCAUCCUUUUCGUCUACAUGGGUAUCAUCUUCUUCCAAGGAAUCAUCUGUUCAUCCGAUUCUCCUCUCCUGCUCAACGCAACCUCCAAAACCGCUUCGUCACCUUUCACCAUCGCCUUCCAGAAUGCAGGCUGGAAAUCUUCAGCUGAUUUUGUAAAUGUGCUGAUCAUCAUCGCUUUCAUCUCUGCUGGGAAUGGCUGUAUCUAUGUACAGUCUCGAGCUCUGUACUCCUUGGCACUGACAGGGCGUGCGCCAAAGUUCUUCGCCAUCACUUCGAAGAAAGGAGUUCCAUACGUCUCCAUCCUCACGUCAUGCACGUGGGGCCUCCUCGCACUCAUGAAUCUCAAAGUCACAGCAGGCCAAGUCUUCGCUUACAUGACCUCCGUCGGUGGCUCAGCAGCCUAUAUCGCCUGGGCAGGAAUCGUCUUCACUCACCUCCGCGUUCGAAAAGGGAUGGACAAACAAGGCAUCUCUCAAUCGAGCUAUCCUUUCAAAGCCUGGGGGACAAUUUGGAUUUACAGAUUUAAUUUGUUCUUGAAUAUCUUCAUCUUGCUUAUUCAAGGUUUCACGGCUUUUGAGAAUCCGUUUAAUUGGAGGAAUUUUAUCGCAAGUUAUAUCACCAUUCCAGCUACAAUAUUGUUGUUUGUCGGGUAUAAAUGGUAUCAUAACACGCAUUGGGUGAGGACUAGUGAGAUGGAUUUCUCGGAUCGAUUGGUGAAGCUAGAGGACAAGGAAGAAGAGAAAACUGUGUCGUUUGCUACGAAAAUAAUCUCGAAGUUCCGGCGCUGAAGGUUGUCGUUCAUGUUUGGAGAGGAUCGCCAAGUGAUGUAGAUGGCUUUGUAAGAUCUUAUCUUGAACUUUCACACAGGAAAAUAUAUACACAAGUCUCUUGAAUGUGU